GCCUGAUACCCACUAGGUCAUGGGAUCCUCGGGAACCAAAGUCACAGCUGUUUGUCAACCUCUGUGUGGACGUUUGAAGCUGAACUCAGGUCCUCUGCAAGAGCAUCGAUUUUGUAAGAAACAGCCUGACUACUUUGGGAGAGUGAACCAUACAUUUAGACGUGAGGUGGACCAGUCAUCGCCAGUACAGCAACGUGGCCCAGCACUGUCUGACUGUAGCAGCCUGAGGACUUCCCUUGUCAACCUCCCACCCUCAGGUGGACAAGAUUGUGGAUCAGUUGCAGCAGCUGAUGCAGGUAUAUGACCUGGCUGCCCUUCGGGAUUACUGGAGCUACCUGGAGCGCCGGCUCUUCAGCCGUUUGGAGGACAUAUACCGCCCCACCAUCAACAAGCUCAAAACCAGCCUGUUCCGCUUUUAUCUUGUCUACACAAUCCAGACCAACAGAAAUGACAAGGCACAGGAAUUCUUUGCAAAGCAGGCCACAGAACUCCAGAACCAGGCUGAAUGGAAGGAUUGGUUCGUCCUGCCCUUCUUGCCUUCUCCAGACACCAACCCCACCUUCGCUACCUACUUUUCUCGGCAGUGGGCCGACACGUUCAUCAUCUCUCUGCACAAUUUCCUGAGUGCCCUCUUCCAGUGCAUGCCAGUGCCUGUGAUCCUGAACUUCGAUGCAGAGUGCCAGAGGACCAACCAGGUUCAAGAAGAAAAUGAAGCGCUACGUCAGAAGCUUUUUGCCUUGCAAGCUGAAAUCCAUCGGCUGAAGAAGGAGGAGCAACAGCAGGAGCAGGAAGAGGCCUUGGUCCAGCACAAGCUGCCCCCUUAUGUCUCCAGCAUGGACCGCCUUGGGGACUCGGAGCUAGCCAUGGUGUGCAGCCAGAGGACUGCCUCCCUCUCCCAGUCUCCUCGAGUGGGCUUCCUGUCCUCACUGCUGCCUCAGAGUAAGAAGAGCCCUUCAAGGUUGUCACCUGCCCAAGGCCCCCCUCAGGCUCAGAGCUCAGCCAAGAAAGACGCCCUCAGCAGCCAGGCUACCAAGGGAAAGGACCCAGUGUCCGGAGCCAAGGAAGGGAAGAGCCUUGUGAGCGGGCCAGUGCCUGGGGAGGCCAGCUGGACACAUCAGCGCCAACGACGUCUGCAGGACCAUGGCAAGGAGAGGAGGGAGCUGCUCUCCUCCUCUUCCUCCUCCUCCCAGAGCACAGAGAAGAAGCCGGAAGGCAGUGGCCCAGAAGCUGAGCCCUGCCUGGAACUCCACACGGGGCCAGCAGAGCCACUGGCCCGGGUGUCCACAGCGGGCUCUGAGGGAGGCCGCCCUGAGCAGCCCUUCAUUGUGCUGAGCCAGGAGGAGUAUGGGGAGCACCAUUCAUCCAUCAUGCACUGCAGAGUCGACUGCUCUGGUAGGAGAGUUGCCAGCUUAGACGUCGAUGGGGUCAUCAAAGUGUGGUCCAUCAACUCCAUCAUGCAGACCAAAGCGUCCUCCAUUUCUAAGUCACCACUGCUCUCUCUAGAGUGGGCCACCAAGCGAGACAGGCUGCUCCUCCUGGGCAGUGGUGUGGGGACGGUUCGUCUUUAUGACACCGAGGCCAAGAAGAACCUCUGUGAAAUCAACAUCAAUGAUGAAAUGCCCAGAAUCCUGUCUCUUGCCUGCAGCCCCAACGGGGCCUCUUUCGUCUGUUCAGCCGCAGCUCCGAGCCUCACCUCUCAGGCGGACUCCUUGGCCCCGGAUAUUGGCAGCAAAGGCAUGAACCAGGUUCCCGGCAAGCUGCUGCUAUGGGACACAAAAACCAUGAAGCAGCAGCUUCAGUUCUCACUGGACCCGGAGCCCAUCGCCAUCAACUGCACAGCUUUCAACCACAACGGGAACCUGCUGGUCACAGGGGCAGCUGAUGGUGUCAUCCGGCUCUUUGACAUGCAGCAGCAUGAGUGUGCCAUGAGCUGGAGGGCCCACUCCGGAGAGGUCUACUCCGUGGAAUUCAGCUGUGAUGAGAAUGCCGUGUACAGCAUCGGUGAGGACGGCAAGUUCAUCCAGUGGAACAUCCACAAGAGUGGCCUCAAGGUGUCUGAACACAGCCUGCCCUCAGACGCCACUGGUCCCUUCGUCCUGUCUGGCUACAGUGGCUAUAAGCAGGUUCAAGUUCCCAGGGGCCGGCUCUUCGCUUUCGACUCAGAGGGCAACUACAUGCUGACGUGCUCUGCCACGGGGGGCAUCAUCUACAAGCUGGGCGGCGAUGAAAAAGUUCUAGAGAGCUGCUUGAGUCUGGGUGGCCACCGGGCCCCCGUGGUCACUGUGGACUGGAGCACUGCCAUGGACUGUGGGACGUGCCUAACAGCCUCCAUGGAUGGCAAGAUCAAGCUGACCACCCUCCUGGCCCAUAAGCUCUGAUGUCCUGCCUGCAGUGACACAUGGCAAACAGAAUCGUCCCCGGUAGGAUAGAGACGAGACAGGACAGCGUUUCCCUCUGGCUCUGCACUGUCAGGGCCGUGGGUCUUCAGGGCAAGACUGCCGAGCCGGCUCAGCCAUGCAGCUGCAGCUACUGGAGUAGGAGCCUCUGGACGGGAUGCGUGUACUUCCUAGACCACGUGGUGGCCGGAGAGGGCAUGCUACAGAGCACAGGAUGAACGAGGACCGAGCCUUAGUGGUGCAGGGCGUGUUCAUGGUCGAGGAACUGACAGUAUUUUGUACAUAAUUGCUUCUUUUUCUUUUUUAAAGGAAAAAAAAACACGAGAGAGAAACAA